AUGCUGCUGCUGGAGGCGCUCUCGCCGGCAAAUUUCACCGUCAUUCUCAACGGGUUGGGCCAGCGCGUGGCCAAGCUCGACGGGCGCGGUGCCCAGGACCUUAUCAACGCCAUUUUGCGCUACUCGUGGCUGAAGCCCGACCUCAGAAAGCACACCGAGUUCAUGUCCGCCUACGCCCAGUUCUUGGUGGUGUUGGUGUCGCUGUUCCCCAAAUACAUGCAAAGCAUCACCAAGAAGCUCUUCUCCGAGUUUUGUGACGUCAACCCUGAAGAAGGGCAACACCACCACUACGUGCUUCGCCGUCUCAUCCAGUACGUUCCCACAUCUAUUAGUACGAUACCACAAACCAUGCGCCGGAGCUAUCCGCACCACUUAAGUUCUUCGCCCAAGGAAUUGGUCAACUACGCCUCUAACCUUUUGGCCAUCGUCGCCUACUGUCCCGAGCUCCAGUACGACGCCUGGAGACUUGUAUAUGAGCUGUGCAUCAAGCUUGACGUCGAGCUCCAAAACGAGUUGGACGAUCUUGAUGAUGAAGAGAUCGACGAAGUGCUUAACCCCGAGAUCGACAGUGACGACGAUGACGACGUUGACGACCUGGUCAUCCGUAAAGGCGACGAUGACGACCAAAACGAAGAUGAUGAAGAUGAUGCUGCCGACGCCGAUGACGCUGAUGCCGACGCCGACGACGGCAGCGAUGAAGAAGAAGGUGAAGGUGAUGAUGACGGCGAAGAGUAUGUCAUCGAUGACGUCGACAGCGCUGCCAAUAUUCGUAAGCUCUCGGCGAAAUUAGACGGAGUGCUCCACCACAUGUUGACCACCACCCAACUGAAAUUCACCGUGGAAGAGAUCAAUAAUGGAACCGGUAUCAAACUUUUCCAGACGAUCACUUUGCUCUUCCGCCUGCACGUGCUCCCUACGCACUUCACUAAGCUGAUCCAGUUUCUCGUCUUCUACAUUUCGCAGCACCAGCCGGAGCUCGCCGAGCUGUUUUUGGUGUUGCUCAUCGAAGUGGCUCUCUCUCCGCAGGAGAACAUUGAGCUGAGACUUAAGGCGAUUCAGUACUUGUCGCUGUACUUGGCUCGUGCCCGCAACGUCUCGCGCGAGCAGGUGAUCUCUGUCGUGCUGUACUUGGUGGAGUGGUUGAACAAGUACAUCGACGAAAGGGAGAGCGAGGUGGGCGCAGACGGCAUCAAAGGCGGUAUGGAACGGUUCAAGUUGUUCUACGCUGCCUUACAGGCAUUAUUCUACAUCUUCUGCUUCCGCUACAAAGAAUUAUACCGCCAGGCUGACGCUGGUGGCAAGACCGCCAACGACUCGAUCUGGGAGUGUGAUCUCGACAAGUUCUUCACCAGAGUAAUUGUCACCAAGUUCAACCCGCUCAAGUACUGCGACGAGACGGUGGUGGCGAUUUUCGCCAAGUUGGCGACCAAGCUCAAUGUGUGCUACUGCUACACCAUCAUCGAGCACAACAAGCGCGAGCGCUUGCUCCAGACCAACGGGGAAAAGGCUCUCCCCAGCGCUGUGGGUAACUUCCUGCGGAAACAGGAGUUCUUGGACUUGGAAGCCUACUUCCCUUUCGACCCGCUCGUGCUUCCGGAACUGAAGGAAGUCAUCAACAAGUGGUACGUCGAAUGGCUGGAGGUGAACCCCCAAGAGGAAGAAGACGACGACGACGGUGAUCUGAGCGACAGCAGCUGA